AAACUUAUUAAAUAGAGUACGCUGAUUCCCUAUACUGCAUCUGAGGGUAAAAUGCCAGUGUACUUGCGGAAAGAUGAAGGGGAGCCCUCUUUGCAGACGCCCUCAAUAUCUGAGUUCAAGCUGAAAGAUGAGGACUUCGUUUUGGACCCUGAAAUUUUGUUCGACUACCUGCCUCAGCCCUACAGAAUGAUAGACAAGAUGGUGGAGUUGGUGUUUGAUGUGGCGUGGGAGCAGAUAGAGGGCAUUGAGGCUGAGAAGGCACGCAAGGCAGCACAGAGAAGUAUCCCAGUAUACAGCAACCCCACAGACAUACCAAACUGCCACGAUGUUAGAUGUAUGUGUGCCUCAUCGGACAAAAAUGCUUCUUGGCUGUACGCCGGGACAUUUGACGACAAACUCACAAUAUUCGACAGCAAAUCACACGAAGUCCUAAUGGAGUGGAGUGACGAACCAGUCCAAUUUAAGAAGUUGAAGGUGGCCUCGUUGAUGGAGAGUGUGCAGGUGGUGUUGGCUGAGGAUGAGAGUGAGCUGUGUCGUCUGUUCAUAACUGCCCUGGAUAAGAUACACUUUGUAAAAGUGUUGAAUGAGACCGAUAGCUUCCAGGCCAAAGUCGGUUGUGUCCGCACUUGGCUAUCACCAGACGCUACUGCAUUGGCCCUCUACUUGAAGAAUACUACCACUGGCCAGCAGUAUAUCGAGGUGUUCAAAUGUCCAGUAGAUGCAUGGACAAAAGAGCUGGAUGCAGCAAAUCAACAGUACCAAAAACAGCUGAACAGUGCGGUUGAUGUAGUGACUGUGAGUGUUCCCUCGAUCUCCUUCACGAAGCCAGUGUCGGUGCUGAGAGUGAAGCCACCCCAAUUCCCACAGGGAGUUGCCACCACUCCCUAUGAGAUGUUCCGUCGAGCGGAGUCAGUGGUGCCUGGAAGUGGACUCCUGGCACACCAACUGUCUCUCACUCACAUGGAGGUAGCCAACACUGCAUUCAACAUGCUCAAUGCCAACAAUCUCCACCUGCUCCCACCUGCACUCUCAAACAAGCAGGGCACAGGUACAGCGACAGUUGGUGAGGUACCUGGAGCAGCUUUGUUCAGCGAGCGGGAGCCAGAAGUGCUAUUCUUCACGCCUGGACGGUUGACGCCAAUCGGAAUCGAUAACGAAAAAGAAAACGGCCGUGUGUGUUCAGUGGGUGUAUGGUGGUCUGAACUGUACUACAUGUCCAUCUACUCUAUCCUCAGACAACCGGCAAAAGACAUGGAGCACAAGCCGGAUUCAAUCAUGAACUUUGGAGGCCCAUUGCACUGUUCUACUAUGUCCAGUGACAAUGUGCUGCUGGCAUUCGGUUUCUCUGACGGAACUAUUGUGGUCUACGACAAAGAAUAUGGCUCUGCUCAGCAAGUGAUGAAAGCGAACUUCUCAGAUACGUCAGUGAAACUCAUGCAGUUUGUCCAGCCAAGUCUCUUCGCUUCUGCUAUCUCGGCUGCCAAACCCGAAUCAAGUGAAGCGCCUCUCCUCUCAGAACUGGAGUCUGAAAUGGAGAGUCUUAACUCAAGUCGUCUGCUGGCCAGUUUGGGGGAUGGGGGGAAGAGUAGAGGACGGCAGAAGGCACCACCCGCCAAGACAAAUGGAAUUUUGGCUUUGUCCGAAGACGGAACUCUGUCCCUCUGUACUUUUCGAAGUCUGUUCAUGUCUGAAGUCUCUUUCCUAUGUGCUCGGGAUUCAUUUGAGCAGCUGACUACAGGAGUGGCUUCCUUCUCUCUCGUGUCGGCAGAACUGCCUCAGUUAGUGUCCGUAGUGUACAAGCAGAGUGGCACGAUCACCCUGUUCGACAUGCUCAAGUGUCAGUCAGUGUGCUCCCUACAGCUGCCCCCAUCGCACCAACUACUCUCACCCCUCUCACAGCCCACACUUGUUGCAGAUGGUCAGGGGGAGGGGGAGGGGCAGGGGGAGGAAAUAGCAGAAGAUUCUUCACUAGAAACGCCUUAUAUGGCCACACUAAACACAGCCCAUUUCAUGUUUGUACAUGGCUCCUGUUCUAUUCCGAUGAAGAAGCACUCGGACGAGGCAGACGGUGAUGGCGAGGGGGAGGAUGGAGGGGCGGCAACAGCUGGAGAUAAAGAGGGAGGGGGAGAACAGGGUGGGGCUGUGAAGCCGACUAGCAGGGAGAACUCGACUGCUGCUGAGUCAACCAAGUCGAAAUCUAGCUCCAAACUAACAAGCAAAGACGAAACCACAGAUGAAAAUGCGGAGCAAGAUAGAGAGGACGAGGGAGAGGAGGAAGAGGAAUCUGUCUAUUACGAGACUCACCGAGACAUCUUCUCAUUCCCACUGCGCUCCCUCCCAUCUCUCGACUGUUACUGGGAGGAAAAACGGAGAACAACUGACCACAUUAGCACACAGCAGUUGAAUUCUGUGUCAAUUCUCUCGACUGGCAAAGAGGAGCAGAAUAUGGGGCUGAAUAGACAUCAUGGAAACAGUUGUAGUCACGUGGACCGAAUAGGACUCGAGCAACUUUGCAGAUCCAACUUCUCCAAUCGAAUUGUAGACCAGACAGGGAGUAUAGAGAGGCUGCGUAAGCGGUGGGGACAGUUGGGACAGGACGUGAAGAAAGUGAGAGACAUCCGGUUCAACAAAGGACCCUCCAGAGCAUCCAAUCUCACCAGAACCAACACGAGGAGUGCCAAAAAUUAAGAAGAAAAAACUCAAUCUGCAUAUUUUCACCCCAAAUUCGCUCUUCAAUGGUAAAGAGUUUGUAAAAAGCGUCACUCAGAAUUUCCAAAAUUUGAAAUGAAAGCAAGUUACUAAACUUCCCAUUCAUCUCGAACUGAUACUCUUAAAUGCUAAAUAGUUUGUAAAAAGCAUCACAUCUGUAAGAAAUGUACAUAUGUAUCGAUAUUUGAAUUAAUCGUAAUAAUUGA